CUGGGGUGGUUUUAAUGGAACCCAAUAGUUUAGGCGGCGGCGGCGGUGCUAGUGGAGGGAUGUUUCCCGGCAUAAGUUCGUCAAUGCUGGGAUUGGAAUUGCCACUUCAUCAAAACCCCUCAAAUCCUCACCAAUUACACCACCCCCCAAUGGUGUCAUAUGUCCCACACGAGGCCCACCACCAACAACAACCGCCGCCGGCCGCAGUGAAAUGCCCAUACCCGGCGAAGCCUAAGCCGCAGCAGUCGAAUGUCAGCGACGAGGAGGAGCAGGGAUUAGCGGACGACAGCAACAGCGACGCCAAGAAGAAAAUCUCGCCGUGGCAGAGGAUGAAAUGGACGGACAUGAUGGUCCGGCUGCUGAUCACGGCGGUGUUCUACAUCGGCGACGAAGGUGGGUCGGAGCCGAUGGACCAUGCCAGCAAGAAAAAACCAGUGGGGCUUCUGCAAAAGAAGGGGAAAUGGAAAUCCGUAUCCAGAGCAAUGAUGGAAAAAGGAUUCUACGUUUCACCGCAGCAAUGCGAAGACAAAUUUAACGAUUUAAAUAAAAGAUACAAACGAGUUAACGACAUUUUGGGGAAGGGCACCGCCUGCAGAGUCGUCGAGAAUCACACCUUAUUGGAAUCAAUGGAAUUAACACCGAAAGUGAAAGAAGAAGUCCGAAAAUUACUCAAUUCUAAACAUCUUUUCUUCAGAGAAAUGUGCGCUUACCACAACACUUGCCGUCAUGGCGCCGGCAACAGCAGCGGCGGCGGUGCCAAUACCUCACCAGAGGCGGGGACAGAACCAUCCCACCUUCCACAACAACAACAACAGCAACGAUGCUUCCACGCGACGGAGACCGCUCCAGCCGCCACGGCCGGCGAGGGUUCGAAAAGCGGAGAUGAGGAAGAGGAAGACGAGGAUGAGGAUGAUGAAACGGAAGAAGACGAUGAGGAGGUGGAGGAGGAGGAGAUUGAUGGAAGUUCGAAAGUACAGGAAGAGGAGGAGGAAACGGAAUCGAAGAAGAGGGGGAGAAAAGAAGGAUUCACAUCGGGGAUUCAGCAGAUGUGUGCGGAGGUGAUGGGAGUUGUGCAGGACGGGGGGAGGAGCCCGUGGGAGAAAAAGCAAUGGAUGAAGAGGCGAUUGAUUCAGCUAGAAGAGCAGCAAGUGGAAUACCAAUCGCAGGGCUUAGAGAUUGAGAAACAGAGACUGAAAUGGCUGAAGUUUAGGAGGAAGAAGGAGAGGGAUAUGGAGAGAGCGAAGCUGGAGAACGAGAAGAGAAGGCUGGAAAACGAGAGGAUGAUGCUGAUGGUGAAGCAGAAGGAACUCGAUUUGACGGAUCUGCACAAUUAUCAGCAGCAGCAGCAGCAGCAGCAGCAUUCCUCGAACAGGCGAGGUGAUCCAUCUUCGAUCACAGGUUGAAGAUGAAGAAGAAGAAGAAAGGGAUUAGGGUUUUUGAAUUUGGGGGUUGAAAUGUAAUUUUAAAAUAAUUAUAAACCCCGUUUGGUUUGGUUUGGUUUUUCAAUAUUUUAUUUAUAACUGAUUUAGAUUUUGUCUGAUAGAUGUCGGAUAAUUCUGAAUAAACCAAACAGAAGCUUU